AUGGCGGUUUAUUUGACUCCGCGGUUCAGGAGGCUCCGCAGUCAGAGCGAGCUGGAGCCGCGGCGGGGGAGCGGGCGGCGGCGAGAUUGUGAUGGUCCUUUUCAAGCAACUCAGUUGUGGAAUAGUAUUAUUCAUGCUCUUCACAGUCAGGUGGAAAUCAAAAGACGUAGGCAACAUCUGAGAACAUAUAAAAACUGUUUCACCGGCUCCAAUGCCGUUGAUGUGGUACUGAGCCAUCUUAUGCAAAGCAUGUACCUAAGCUGCAAUGAUAUUUCUCGGCUGAAGGGAGUCCGUGUGUGCCAAGCGUUGAUGGAUCACAAGGUGUUCGAGCCAAUUGGAGCAAAGCUUUACUUAUUCAAGAAUGAGAAAGAAACAGAGUUUGAAGACACAAAUACUAGUCUCUAUAAAUUUGUAAAUACCAGUCUUACUCCUCUUCUUCCGAGAAAGAAUAAAGACAGUGAGAGCUUGUCUUCUGAGCAAAUCUGUAAACAGAAGACAAAAAGACGUUCCAACAGAACGAAGAGUGAAACAACAGUUUCAAGCCCCUUAGCAUUAGACGUGGCGGAUAAAAAGAGGGUAGAGGAGCUUCUUAAAUCAAUAAAUGUUCAUGCAUCUUUACCUCCAAAGAUCAUGGUUAAUGAACCAACUCAUCUGCUUUCAAAAAGAGUAAUAGAAGAUGUCUGGAAACAGCAAACCCUGCUACGACUGCUGCAGUUAAUUGAUGUUCCGCUUCUAGAAGAUAUCUUGGUAUCUUCAGUGAAGACAAAACCAGAUGGUUUUGGCAAAGAAGAAGAUCUGAUUAUCUCAAAUACUUUCCUGGACAGAGAGAUUACAAGUAGCUUAAACUUGCCUGAGCUUGACAAAUGGCUCUAUGCUGCAAUUGAAUGCUUGGAGUAUUUCCCAGACCAGUUUAUAGUGAUGGUUAGUCAGCAGUUACCUCAAAGCACUAACAAACCCUGCAGUCUGAAUAUGUACAAGAAGAUUCUUUUUGACACUAUAAUAAAGUACUAUAGUCAAAAGAAAGACUCCCUUCUUGACACUCAGGAUCUCGAUAUUCAUUCAGGAAUUAUAGACCUUAUAGAAAAAGGAAAAACAGAUCAAGCUCUAGAGGCAUCACAACUUUAUUUAAAAUUAUUAGCACCGAAUAUCCAAGAAGAGCUACAUAGGCUCCUGACAUUCAUAGCUAUUGCGUCCGAAUCGGAUAGCUACAAAUUACAAAAACAAUUUGAGAACAGAUUGGUGAUUAUCAAGACUUGCACGAAGUUCAUCUUACAAAGUAAGACAUUGUCAAAACCACAGGCAGAACUGCUGACUCAGUUUCUGAUGGACAACCACUCCGACCUCUUCAAGACUCCUUUAACUCUUCUGGAGCUAACCAGUAGGAGACUUGAGAGUUUGCUAGAAGGACAAGAUCCAGAUACCAGUUCAGGCUUCACCUUCUGUCAGCGUGUGACAACUAAAGAAUACGAAGAGCAAAAACAACAAACAAAUCAGUAUCUUCUCGCAUUGGUUCGAGAGAUGGACAAUGACCUCACUAUUCCUUUGAAGCAGAAGAAGAAAUUAGUUAAAGAAUUCCGAAAAUACCAUUCUCUUGCCUAUUGUACUGGUUGUAAAACUAAAUGUGAAUUUUGUGCUCUAAAUGGUUAGACAUCAACACAGCCUUUUUUUUUCUUUAAAGGGGAGCAUGCAUAUGGAAAUGGUAUAAACCAUUGUCUUAUGUUCUUACGUCUUCAGUUACAGGAAACUACAACUACCGAAAUCACUAUGCUGCCAAAAAGCAUUGAUUCUGAUUAAUGAUUCUUGUUAAGCAAAAUGUUCUUAAUUAUUUUAAAGUUAGCAAUAAUGACACACUGCUCGUGCUGCUGUGAGUUCAGAUUUUGAUGCUUUUUUCAUUGUGUCCUUAAGCACAUGGAUUUCUAGCUGAGCCGAGUCUGCAUUCUGAGCCAUGCUUGGGUUGAUAAUCAUAAGAUUUUUAUUCUUUUCAAUCUGUAGUUCAUAAUCUAACUGUAAUCAUCUAACUGUAGAUUAUGACUCCUAUGAGUGUUGUAAAAGCGUACAAAGUGCAUCAAAAAUGUUACAAGCUCGUGGCAGGCAAGAUUCAUUAGUCAGGGGAGCUGUUGCAGUCAGUAAUUGCAGCCUGUUGCUCUUUCCUCACUGGCAGACUGAGCUGCUGCUUAUUUGGCAGUUACACAAAAGCAAGAAUAAAAUUACAUUUUGAAAAAAAAUUGAGAAAUAAUAACAAUCUUGGUUUAGAUCAUUUGGUGUAAUUAAGCAGCUUAUUUUAACAUGAGGAUACUUUGAUAGUAUCCAGUUACUUGUCCCAAGUACUUUGAUAACAUUUAUGGUUCAUAGGGCAAAGCUAAAAAGCGUGUUGGCUUGUUUGCACAUUGAUGGUUAACUGUAUGCUGACAAGGAAAUGUUGAUUCAAAUCAUUAAAUAUGCAAUAUAAUGUUAUGGGGUUAAAUUACUCCUUCCAUCCUCACGACAGACAUUUGAUCAUGUAUUGGUCAUAGAAACAUAGAAUUGAGAUUGGAAGGUACCUCUGGUCAAGUCCCACUGCCCAGCUCAAAGUGGAGUCAAUUAGUGCAGGUUGCUUGGGGCCUUUUCCAGUUCAGUUCAGAGCAUCGCCAAGGAUGCAGAUGCCACAGCUGCUCAGGUGAGUCUGGUCCAGAAGUGACUGGUUCAGUCUUCUUUACUCCCUCCCCUGAGCCUUCUCUUCUGAAGGCUAAAUAAUCACAGCUCUCUCAGCCUCUUCCCUGCAUAACAGAUGCUCCAAUCCUUAUCAUUUUCGUGGCCCUGUUGCUGAACUAACUGCACUAUGACCAUGACUUUUUUUAUCAUGAAUAUGCUUCUUUAGGUAUCUACAUCCUCAAUUGCUCUUCAAACAUAUAGUCAAGUUACCAGGAUACCAAAGCUUUCUGAAAAGAAGUGCUGACCAAGUUUCAUCCUUCAGAGGUGAAUGCCCUAACUACUAGAGUACAGGGCCACGCUAGACUAGAGUUCUUUAUCUAGCCCUGUGGUGGGGGUUUGGUCAUUUUCCCAGAAGAGGGAGCAUGUACAGAAGUAGGUUAUUGAGAAUUGUAAACAGGAAAGUAUUUUUUGAUUAAGUGGUUCUGGUGUUGAGUUGUGGGAAAAGGGGUUUUCAGGUUGGAUUUUAUUUGUUGUUGGGUGGUUGUUUGAUCUUUUGUUGUUGUUUGGGUUUUUUCCUUUCUUCAAUCCCUUUACUGGGUCUCACUCAAAAUACUGAACCUGGUAACAGGGAGGGACGGCAACAUGGUAAUUUGUAGGCUAGAGAAUUGCUUUGGGAAAAACUGUUUUUAAAAAAACAAAUUAUUGCACUUUGUGACUUGAUAAAUUUUUUCUUGUGCUAAUUUAAAGAUGGUAAUAAAGCAUUGCGUAAAAAACAAUGAAUUGGUCUGUCAUUUCAUAGGGCUUUCAUAACAAAGAGGCAGUUCAGUGGGUGUAGAACCAGGUAUCAAACAGUAAGGAAAUGCUUCAAGUGGGCAGCAGGAGUUUACAGCUGUUAGGUGGUUUCCUUCAGGGUUCCUUGAGGGACAAGAAGUCAAGAUAGAUCUAGUUCUGCAAAAGAAAGGAGAGGUCUUGAGAGCCCUGCCUUACUUCCCGUGACAGCAGGAUCUACUAAUUCUCAGUCUUCUGUUGAAAGAAAUGUGGUAUUUACCUUUUAAGUAUAAACGCCUGCUGAACAAGACAAGUUUAGUGAACUACAGAUUACUGCUCUUCGUUGUUAGACUUUCAGUUACAUUCCAAAAUUAGGAAAACUUUACUGGACCUUAGAAAGUUCUGUAAGUUAUUUUUAACAAUAUUUGACACAGAAUCGUUUGGUAGGGAAACUUGGUGCUCUCACUCAUUUCUCUUUAUGAUUUUUAGCAUAGAGCUAUCAAAUUAAUUGUGAGUAUGAAUUUAUU